AUGUCAGAGAUAGAGAAGAUAGACGGAUUCACCGAAGAAGAACAGCUCGACUUUGAAGCUGAGCUCCAAGAGGGUUACGCCGAGAUCGAAGACAAAUAUGCUGUCGAUACUCAACAAGGUUUCGAAAAUGUGCUCGUUAUGGAUAACAUCCCUAUCGUGGAUGAUAGCAAGAAACAAAAGCUGGUUGAUAGAUUGAGACAACUAUUCGCCAAAGCUGGUGCACCUAUUGAAGAAGAGAACAUUAGCAUGCCAUGGGAUGAUAAAGCUGCUACCAACAAGGGAUUCAUCUUCCUCACCUACCCUGAUGCUCAACAAGCUGAGAACGCUCUCCGGGCUCUUGACGGCGCUUCGUUCGGUAAAAGCACCCUCUAUGUCAACCGAUUUGGAGAUAUCGAGAGGUACGCCAACCUCCCUGUAGGAGAGGGUGAACUUCCUACUGGAUGGAGAGAGAAACCUUACGUGGAGAAGGACCACCUUCGAAGCUGGUUAGGAGAUAGUGCUGGUCGAGAUCAAUACCUCACUUUCAGAGAUCAAGAUGUCAGCAUCUGGUGGAAUGGUAGAAACGGUAACGCCGAGCCAGUCAAGGUUGACGGCAAACCGCUCAAGAACAACAAAUGGGGAGAACUUUACCUCCAAUGGUCCCCUCUUGGUACCUACCUCUCCUCCCUUCACCGAGUCGGUGUUGCUCUCUGGUCUGGACCCAAGCUUGAUGGACCUAUCGGAGUCAACGUCCUUAGAUUCACCCACCCUGGUGUCCGACUUAUCCAGUUCUCUCCAUGUGAAAAUUAUCUCGUCACUUGGUCUGAAGAACCUUUGGACAACUUUGAGAACCACCCCAAUGCAGCUUUGAGAGAGACUUUCGGUCCUGAAGACGAAGGAAACCAAUUCGUCAUUUGGGAUAUCAAAUCUCAACGAGUUCUUCGAACUUUCCCUGCCGAUAAACCUAUCCAAGGUGAAGAUGGUCCUCAACAAGUUGCUUGGCCAUCGUUCAAAUGGUCUCCCGAUGAUGCCUACAUCGCCAAGUGUAACGUCGGAACCGGUAUCGCCGUUUACGAACUUCCUGGUAUGGGCUUGUUAGAUAAGAAAUCCAUCAAGAUUGAGGGUGUUCAAAACUUCGAAUGGUGCCCUAUGAGCGAGAAAGAUUUUGCCGCUAGAAAGGCCGGUAAAGGCAAAGAAUGCAGCUUCGUCUAUUGGACUCCUGAAGCUCAGAACCAACCUGCAAGAGUCAGCAUCAUGUCUAUUCCCAGCAGAAACAUCCUCAGAGCCAAGAACCUUUUCAACGUGACCGACUGUAAAUUUUACUGGCAAAACCAAGGUGAUUACCUCUGUGUCAAGGUCGACCGACAUGCCCGAAAAGCCAAAUCGAAGAAAGCCACUUUCUGCAAUUUGGAACUGUUCAGAGUUCGAGAGAAGGACUACCCCGUUGAAGUAAUUGAGUUCAAAGACUACGUACCUCAAUUCGCCUGGGAACCUCAAGGAAGUCGAUUUGCCAUCGUCUCAUCCAACGAUCCCAACUAUGGACAGGGUAUACCCGGAGUAGUGGUAAAAUACAAUAUCGAUUUCUAUCAACUUGAUCAAAAGAAGGGCGAUUUCAUCCCUAUCAAGCACCUUGAUUCUAAGAUUGCCAACACACUCGUAUGGUCCCCUCGAGGUAGACAUAUCGUCUUGGCUACAAUCGGCUCUUCUCAGAAAUUCGAUGUUGAGUUUUGGGACUUGGACUUUGUCGUUGAUGAGCGACGGGAGACUUCUGAACCUGGUGCAAACGUUACGAUGCUUGCUUCUGGUGAACAUUACGGUAUAACCGAUAUUGCCUGGGAUCCAAGUGGAAGGUAUCUCACUACUCAUGCGUCAGCUUGGAGAUCUAGUCCCGAACCUGGAUUCUGUAUCUGGGAUUUCAAAGGACAACAAUUAGUUCAUCAACCAAUGGAUAAAUUCAAGCAAUUCCUCUGGAGACCUCGACCACCUACUUUACUCUCCAAAGACCAAAUUAAGAAAGUCCGAAAGGAGCUCAAGGAGUACUCUAGGACGUUCGACGAGGAGGAUGCCGCCGAGGAGAACAGAGGAUCAGCCGAGAAGUUGGCUCAAAGACAAAGAGAUAUCUCAGAAUGGAAUGCCUGGAGAGCUAGGAACAACAAGAAGUUGGAUGAGAGAAGAGCUCAAUUGGGUAAAGAGAAGAAAGUGGUUGUCAACCAAGAUCAUAAAGAUGAUGAAAAAGUGGAAGAGAUUGUAGAAGAAUUGAUUGAUGAGACCGAGGAAGUUGUUGUCGGUUAA